UGUGGGUGUGAGUUGACCCUGAAAGCCCCGAUUUCCACCUUAGGCAGAGAUGAACAGGAACUGCUCGUCCCGCAGCCUCAGGGCGGAGACGGGACAGGGGACGGUAUGCGGGGAACAGGCGGGCGGCAGAGAGGGAGCCGGAGCUGGCCAGCGGCAGGCGGCAGUUGGCGGCUCCGGCUCCGAAGUGGCGGCGUUGCCCCGGUCGCGGUGUCUGCGGGUGGUCUGCGUGCUCAACGAGACGGCCAAGCCGCAUAGCACGGAGUGGGGCGCGCUGCAGUGCCUGGAGCGGGCGUGCCGGAGCGUGGGCACCGAGCUCACCAUCCUCCCCUUCGGGAAACUCGACUUCGGGGAGGCGCUGGUCCUCGACUCGUUUUACAACGCAGACAUUGGAGUGGUGGACAUGAGUGAUGUUUUCAGGCAGCCAACACUCUUUUAUCAUCUGGGUGUACGAGAAAGCUUCAGCAUGACAAACAACAUUAUUCUCUACCACAACACUGACCUGGAAGGUGCCCAGUCACUUAAGGCUGUUAGUGGCAAUUACCAUUUUAUCCCCUACGUGACAACCACGAAUGAUGACUUCCUGUGUUGUGAGAAUGAUGUUCAACGGAGAGCCUCUGAGUACUUACAACCAAACUGGGACAACCUACUGGGACCCUUCUGCCAACCAUUAGUGGAGAAAUUGAUCAAUCUUCUGAAAGAUAUUGACGUUACGACAAGCACGUACUUGAAGGAUACUCUGCUGAGUGACAUUAGGAAAGCAAGGGAGAAGUACCAAGGGGAAGAGCUGGCCAAAUGGCUGUCUGCCAUUAAGUUGCGUAUAGAAAGCACGGAGGUCAUCACGCCUGACAUUAUCACAAACCUUCUUUUCUCAUACAGGGACAUCCAGGAUUAUGAUGGCAUGGUGAAGCUGGUGGAAACGCUGGAGGAGCUGCCAACCUGUGACCUGACUGAUCAGCACAGCAUCCGCUUUCAUUAUGCAUUUGCACUGAACAGGAGGAAUCAACAGGGUGACAGAAGAAAAGCCUUAAGAGUAAUGCUCGAGGUCCUGGAAUCAUGUGAGCAGCCUGCCCCUGACAUGUACUGCCUGUGUGGAAGAAUUUACAAAGACCUCUUUCUCGACUCGUACUGCAAGGAUGUAACCAACCGAGACAAUGCAAUAGAAUGGUACCGCAAAGGCUUUGAGCUCCAACCAACCCUGUACUCUGGCAUUAAUUUGGCGGUCCUCCUAAUCGCUGCUGGUCAGCAGUUUGAAAGCUCAAUGGAGCUGAGAAAAAUUGGUGUGAGACUGAACAGUCUGCUGGGGAGAAAAGGGAGUCUGGACAAAAUGAACAACUACUAUGACGUGGGUCAUUUCUUCACAGUCAGCAUGUUGGCCAAAGAUAUCAACAAGGCUGUGCUGGCAGCAGAGAAACUCUUCAAACUCAAGUCUCCUUUUUGGUACUUGAGGUCAGUAGUUCAGAACCUAAUGUUACUGCAGCAGUUCCAGAAGAUCAGCAAUGAUCAUUCUCCCAAACAGGAGUGCCUUAACUUCUGGAUGGACAUCAUUGUGGAAGCAACUAAGGCCAACAGCAAUGGAUCACGUUUCCCCGUUCUUAUUCUAGAGCCAACCAAUGUCUAUCAGCCAUCCUACAUAUCAGUAAAUAGUGAAGCAGAUGAGAAGACCAUCUCCAUAUGGCAUGUCUCUUCUGAGGAAGUGAAGGGGAUUCAUGAAUGGAAUUUUACAUCCUCAUCCAUCAAAGGAAUAAGCAUUUCCAAACGUGACGAGCGCUGCUGCUUCCUCUACGUCCAUCACAACUCUGACGAUUUUCAGAUCUACUUCUCCACAGAGGAUCAGUGCAGCAGGUUUUGCCACUUGGUAAAGGAAAUCAACGAUGAAGCAGCAAGCAAUGCGGAACUGGAGGGUGAUGCUGAGGGGGAGACACUGGAGUAUGAGUAUGAGUACGGAGAGUCUGAAGAACGGGUGGUGUUGGGUAAAGGAACAUAUGGAGUGGUCUAUGCUGGGCGGGAUCUCAGCAAUCAAGUGAGAAUAGCUAUCAAAGAAAUACCAGAGAAAGAUAGUAGGUACUCCCAGCCUCUUCAUGAAGAGAUAGCUUUGCACAAAUACCUUAAGCACCGGAAUAUUGUCCAGUACCUUGGUUCAAUUUCGGAAAAUGGCUACAUCAAGAUCUUUAUGGAACAAGUACCAGGAGGGAGCCUUUCUGCACUCCUCAAAUCAAAGUGGGGUCCAUUGAAAGAUAAUGUGUCUACCAUUGUGUUUUACACCAGACAGAUACUGGAGGGCCUACACUACCUUCAUGAGAACCAGAUUGUGCACCGAGACAUCAAGGGAGACAAUGUUCUUGUAAACACAUACAGUGGCGUGGUGAAGAUUUCAGACUUUGGAACGUCAAAACGAUUGGCAGGAGUAUAUCCUUGUACCGAAACAUUUGCUGGCACAUUACAAUACAUGGCUCCUGAGAUCCUGGACAAGGGUCCCCGAGGUUACGGUGCCCCAGCAGAUAUUUGGUCUCUGGGCUGUACUAUCAUUGAAAUGGCAACUGGCAAGCCACCCUUCUACGAAUUAGGGGAACCUCAAGUAGCUAUGUUUAAGGUUGGGAUGUUUAAAAUCCAUCCUGAAAUCCCAGAAUCUAUGCCAACAGACGCAAAGUCCUUCAUUCUACACUGCUUUGAGCCUGAUCCUUCCAAGCGAGCCACAGCUGCGGAGCUGUUGAAGGACCCCUUCCUCAGGAAGACUGCUAGAGGCAAGAAGAAUAAAAUUGCCUUCAAACUGACUGAGUCCAGUCGAAGCAUCUCUCUCCCUAUCCAGGGUCAGGGUGAAAACCGGGGCAGCAGCGGCAGUGAUUAUGGAUCAGUGUCACCAGACCUCGACACAAAGCACGACCUGUUCUUCGAGAAAAACGAGACACCAAAUUGGGACAAUCAGAUUGGAGUUCCAAAGUCUCCUUUUCUGAGUCUCCCUGAUGAAUCUUCAUCCACGGAAGAUAGAAACAGUCCUGUUUCCUCUGAUGAAAUAGACACAAGCCUAUUCCUGCUAAAGAAAGACAGUAAACGCAGAUCCGUUCUCUACAAAAUUCUGAAUGCAGACCAGGAUCAGGUUAUUUCCAACUUGUUGGAUAGCCUGCAACAGAGUCAUGAAGAGCUUAAGCUGUCAGUUGAUCACAUAAAGCAGAUAAUCAGUAUCCUGCGGGAUUUCAUUCGCUUCCCAGAGCGGAGAGUGAUGGCCAACACCAUCUCCAAACUCAAACUGGACUUGGAUUUUGAUAGCAUCUCCAUAAAUCAGUUUCAGCUGGUUUUGUUUGGUUUUCAGGAUGCGGUUAAUAGGGUUCUGCGACACCAUAAUAUCAAGCCCCACUGGAUGUUUGCAAUGGACAACAUCAUCUGCCGUGCAGUUCAAGCUGCUGUGACUAUUCUCAUUCCAGAGCUGCAUUUUCACUUUGGCCCUGCCUCAAAGGGCGAAGGUGCAGACAGAGAUGGAGAUGAGGUAGAGGAUCCCGUGUACCAACCUAGGGCACUGCCUGAAAAUAAGGAGCACCUCAUUACCUCAGGAGCAAGCACCUUUAGUUCUGCCACAUCUCAAGAUUUGCAGCACCUACAGGAGCCUCUGAGUGUGCAGCUGGAGAAACUAAAACGGGAGACAAACAGGCUUUUGGAGGAGUUGGUCCACAAGGAAAAGGAGUAUCAGAAGCAUCUUCAGCAAACAAUCCAGCGGAGAGACCAGGCCAUAUCCAAACUCCAGUCAAAAUUCAAAUCAACAGUGUUCCAGCCUCCUGCACACCACACCCUGGAUCAGGAACUCGUCAGCUGGCUGCAGGAACAGGGAGCAGAUGCAGAGACUAUAACCAAGAUCUGUGAAGAGGGCUAUGUGUUAUCUGAUGUUCUGAAACAUAUCACAAAAGAUGAUUUGCGAGGUCUACAGCUCAGAGGAGGAACUGUUUGCAGACUCUGGAAUGCCAUAUUGAAGUUCAGGAACAUAGCCAAAGACUAAAUGUGAAAAUGGAAAAUAUUCAAUCCAGCCUUCUCAAAGUGAUAUUUUAUAAGAAUGACCAAAGAUGCAACUUUCCUGAGGGUAAAAAUAUAUAUGUUUGUGAGUGUAUUAAGCUUCAAUUAUUGCACUGAUUUGGAUUGCUAUUUGAGUGGUUGUGAAACCUUUACCAUUCUUGGGGUACAGUCUGUGAAUUGUGUACACGCAACUGCACUGAUUUUCAUCAGGAACGUAGAUCACCUUAGAUUCACCUACUAUGAGCAGCUUAAAUUGUCUCAAAGCUGACUUGUAUCUGCAAGUACCAUUGUCUCUUUAAAUACAUCUCCCUGCUCCCAUUCCAAAGACACCCUAAGACAUCAUGGCUUUGGAAGUGCUCAUUUUGUAUUAAGAACAGAUUGUGUGUAUUUAGACCAAUAAUAAUGUUGGUUUUCUGGAUGCAAUAAACAGCAAAGGGACCUAUCAUCUGAUGGAAAUAUUUUUAAGAUGCUUAUUUAUUUUGGUGUGCAAAUGGUCAGUUCUUUACAUUGAAUCAUUGUAUAUAAUAGAACCUGUAUGCAGUUUAAUUUUUUUAUAUAUAUAAGAAACAUGGAUAUUUUGCUUAAACAUUUGCCACCAGCACAGGAUCCAUUAUUUCAUCUGGCCUAAUAGGUGAGGGUUUGAGUUUCCCCAGUAGAUAGAUUCAGUAUUGAAAGGAUUGCCAAUUGUUUUUUAAAAAAAAUGUUAAUUAGACAAAUGCUACUUCAUGCCAUUGUUUGCCUUAGUAAUGGUUUCAGUAUCUUGCUGAAUGAUCCUGUCAGAAGGACAUCUUUAUUUCAAAAGUGACCUGAAUGUGUUAUAUUAUUCUGAAAGUUGCCUCUGAGUAAUUAUAUUUAAAAAUAUUUUAUGUAUAAUACUUUUCGUAUUGUAAUUGUAAAUAUUGCUUGCAGAAGUGAAAAUAUUUGCUAUUGGCUCUGUUGAAACAGAAUGCUAUUCUGCUUUUCAAUUAGAUCAUUUAUAUUUUGAGUCAUGGGUACUCUAAUUCAUAAACUAAAUUAAGUGAUUUGAUUGAUGCAGUUAAGGAUUUCCUGGGUAAAGAUCAUUUUCUCCUUUGUAGUGGAGUGGUUUGAAUUGUUUGGUCAUACUUCAAUUAAGGAAUGAGCUUGGGGGCCCUCCAAACCAGUGGCUAUGAGAAUAUA